CAGCAACGAAUACGUAGUGAGUGACGAGUGAGCAGUGAUCUCUCGCGUGUGGAUUGUGGGGCUUUUGCGUGUUUUCAACGCUGGACGUAAUCGCAAAUUUCUUUGAAGUGUCAUAUUUGGUCGUGGCAAAAUAAUGUCCAGGAUGGCGUAGCAAAUACGGAUUUCCAACAACAACACAUUACACGUUGAAGUAUCUGAGGAAUUUUUUCAGCCGAACCGUGUCGCUAUUUGCGACUUAAACUGCAUCCGAGCUGGCGUGGGGAACUGCAGUUAUGGAAUUACAGAGCUGGCUACUUUACCAUCUCGUAGCAGUCACCGACUGUAAUCAAGCAUAAUAUACCCAGUCGUCUUCAGUUCGUUUGGUUCAUUUUCCUGGGUUUUGAACGACGCGCGACUUGCCUUAUCUGCACUUUUUCUUUGGAUUCCGGUAUCAAGAGGAAACUGCGGUCUACCAAUGUUUGAUGUGAUGCAGUCUGCAGCUACGGGAGGCGGAGGAUUUUCGGCUGGUAGUAGCGGCAGCAGUAGGGCUCGCGACCUGGGACUUCGGGCCCAGAAAAAGAUCCUGGGACGUGUCGUAUCCACCGGAGCAGGAAGAUCGUUGCUGAUCGAUGACGCGACUACAUCCUUGCUUGACAAUCUUUAUAGACUUGCCGAAAGAGCGGCGAAAAACAAUCCCGCUUUGGAUAGAAAACAGCCAGAGAAAGUUCUGAAAAAUAUCGUCAAGUUGUCCAUCAAGAUUGGUCUUUUGCAACGUAAUCAGCAACUGGGAGCAUCAGAUGAGCCAAAAAUCGUAGAGAUCAGAGCAGCGCUCAGAGCUGUUGCAAUGGCCGUUGUUUCUUUUCACGAGCUGGAGUUCAGCUUCGAUAAUUCUUAUUUGACACGAUCUUUGGAACGGUGUAGAACAGCUGUACAGUCAUUGAUAAAAGUUCACCUAACGGACAAAUCCCAGGAUCGAUGCGAUCAAGUUUUCGACUUUUUGACCCAUCCAGAGUUUCUUGAAGCUGUAUUCGGACAAAAUUCAGAACUCAGACCAACUCUUGAACUCCUAGUCAGUGAUAUUAAUAAAGCUCUCGAUGCUGGUCACCUAUGAUUUGUAAUACUCGGGAUAUUACAAGUGAAUAAGCAUAACUCAAAUGUCCAAGCGAUAUUGUAAGAAUAAGGUUGAAUCAAGGGUUUCAAAGAGGUAUGAAGAAGAAAGAAAAAUCCUCAAGGUAUAAAAGACAAAGCAUAUGCCUUGUGGCAUAGCUUACCAAAUCUUACCGAUCUUUCGCGAGGAUGUAAAUGUAUCCGGAUUUAGUCAGACUUAUUUAUUCACUGGGUUUCGAGCGUUAGGCGUUUAUCGUUUAAUCCACACUGCAGGGUAUAGUCGUUACCGUAAGUGAUUUAUAACGUAAACGUGCUCAAUAAUUCGGUAUGCAAUAAUUAUGAAAUACUCCCCUUUCUUCUAAGUAGAUUUAUUAUACUUUAUUGUCUCAUAUUUAUUCAAGUUGUUAAUUAAUUAAAGUUACUUGCACUCGGUGUUAACAAUACCAAUUAUAAUGAAACCAAAUAGGAAGGUGAAAAAGAAAAAUGACAAUGAAGCCCUGGGACCUCGUCCCCGAUAUCAACGCAACAUUCAGGGUUUCGAAAAAUGUCUUAAAAGACGUUGACUCGCUUUUACAUACCACAUAAAAAAACAAAAAAAAAAAAAAAAUACACAUAUCAUUGCAUAUCAUGUACACAAUGCAUUGAACGCGAAACUUGGUGUGAAUUUUUGUACAUACGUUGGCACACCUAUUUCGCAUAGUCAUGAAACACUCGCAUUAGUCUCACCACAUCACAUGCACUAUAAAAUUUCUAAUAUUAGUUAUUAAUAUCGGGUCUAACCCAUCGGUCGAAUAUACAUUUACAUGUUCAAGGUAUAUUGAAUACAUGUAUAUUCAAUGAAGAUUUGAAAAUAAUGGCAAAGAAAAAGAACACAAUUUUUUACACAAUAUACACCCACUUUACACCUUACUUUAAGUAAUAAUUAUUAACGAAAAAAUGUUGUAUUGACAGACCGUUAAUAAAUUAUUUGUAAACA